AUGAGGGGUAUGCGCCGGCUGCGGCAUGAGCUGAUUUGGGCGGUGGCAGUCUUGGCGAUACGGCCGGUGUUGACGUCCGGUGUGGAGACAGAUGAGGAGUUGAGCUCGAGAGAAUAUUGGCGAGGAGAUGGUUUGGAGGACACGUUUGGGCCGGGGUCGGAUUCGAACGCGGGUUUGGCCGGUCCGCGGGUGGUGGCAUGGGUUCGCCGUUACUGGGAGUGUGUAUCGAGAGACGAGUACGAGGCGUUGCGUGGUCCGUUGACCACGCCAGAACAGAAGAGACGGGCGCAAUGGCAGGCGGGUGGGUCACCGCGAUGGUCAUACAUUCCGACAUUACCGGUGCGUACCCACUUGGCUCAAGCGUGUGCCCCGUUUGCGGGCGACUACGAUGCAUACCGCGCACUACAAGAGGCAUUGGGCGAAGAUGCCUGGCGUAAAAUGCGGAUGGUAAAGCUAGCGGAUUUCGCUCACUGUUCUCUGAAAUAUGUCGAACUAGCCGCUAUAAUAGCGAUCUUCUUCCGAUCCUCUUUCGGUCUAAUAGAUGAGGAAUGUCGCAAACAAGUUGCCCUUCUCGUAUACCCAGACCACCAUGUUGUGCCGGACCACCAUGCUGUGCCGGACCACCAUGUUGUACCGGACCACCAUGCUGUGCCGGACCACCAUGCUGUGCAUGACUACGCUAUGACCUAA